AUGUGGUUCGUCGGCUGGCCGCUGGGGCUGCUGCUCUCGGCCAUCUCGAGCAUCUUCGGCAUCACGGGCAAGCUGCUGCUCAAGCUGGCGCACAACGAGCGCGAGAAGGAGGAGCUCGCUGCCGCCCAGCGCGAGCAGCUCAAGCGCCAGAGCCACGGCGCCGUGGCCAGCCCCUCGCUCUCCGUCAAGAGCAACCUGGGCUGCACCUACUUCUACUGCGGCCUCUUCUCCAUGCUCGUCAUGAACCCGGCGCUGGGGGCGCUGGCCUACUGCUUCGCCACGCAGUCGCUGCUGGCGCCCAUGGCGGGGCUCACCAUCGGCUGGAACACGCUGUUCGGACCCAUCUUGCUGCCGCACGAGCGGCUCACGACCAACGACUUCGUGGGGGCUGUGCUCAUCUUCACGGGCUGCGUGUUGGUCGGCGUCUCGGGCACGCACGAGAGUCCGCCGCUGCCUGUGGAGCUGCUGGGCGCCCGGUUCAAGUCCUUCUCCUUCAUCUUGUACUGCGUCGUGCUGCUGGCGCUGCUGAGCUUCCUGAUCCACCACGCCAAGCACGCGCUGCACUUCACGACCACAAGUCGUCGGGCAGGGGUCAAGUCCUCCCCGGUGUCGAGUCCCGAGCAACUGCCGGUCAUCGCGCGCGUGUCGCUGAGUGUCUUUGCUGGGGUUAUGAGCGGCCAGCUCUUCUUCCUGGCUGCGGUGAUGAGGAUCGUUCACGAUGACGGAGCUAGUCGCAUCUGGUCGUUCCCGUUGACGUACAUCUGCAUCAUCGGCGCGGUGGGGACGGCGCUGCUUGGACUGUACCUGCUGAAUGAGGCGCUCGCGGUGGAGGACGCCGUGGUGGUGAUCUACCUGUACGAGGCGAGCUACAUCAUGUCCGGGGCUGUGUCGGGGCUGUGCUUCUUCCGGGACAUGAAGCACCUGCCAGUGUGGCAUUACGUGCUGUAUUCGCUCAGCCUCGUGCUGAUCCUAUUCGGUAUCUACGUGGUGGCUAAGCGUUCGUUGCCCAAGGUGCCGGAAGACGAGGAGUAUUUGCUGCCGCUAUUGGCUCCGCCUACAGCGGAGGACGCGUCGGUCGAGAGGAUAUUCAAGCAGGCCUCGUACUACGCGCGCCGGGCAUCGUACUCCGGACCGUCGAUGCUGCACGCCAUCAGACUCGACCGAAACGAUACCGAGACGCCAGAGCGCCGCAGGUCGAUGCCAUUCAAGUAA